CAACGAACCUCCUCAACAACACCAAAAUCAUCCAGCACAUCCAACUGACUAGAAUUAGUUACUGACCCCUAGCACUCUGAAUCAACCUCCCACAGACUAGUAGUCAGUUACUGAUCGAAUCGAUCACGAUGCCAGCGCCAGUAGCGGUGUACGUCGUUGCGGCUAUCGCAAGUGUCGCUGCUGUUCUUGCUUUUAAAGAGUUCGUCUUCGAACCCCACAUCGCCCCUGCUAUUGAGCGUUGGGUGGAUGAACGUCGUGCUCGGGCAAACGAACGUGCUCGACGCAGAGGUCCUGUUCCUGUGCCAGCCACCAGAAGGUCUGGAGAUGGAGAACCAGGCCCCAGCGGUGUUGCUCCGAGGAAAAGGACCUCUGUGACACAAGGAGAUUCCAUCGAACUAGACGGCCUCAACCUUGAUGAAUGGCGGAACGACGUUCAUCGCACUGCUACAAGCACGGGCCUGAGGCGGAGAGGUAGAGUAAUCCCAGACACAGAUGAAGGGAGUAUAUCUACCACCAUAGACGAGGUGUGUCUUCCACUUUCCAUCGUUCUGUACCCUUCCGAAUGCUGAUCCAAUAUGAAUAGUCCUUCACAUCCCUCACGCACACUCCGCUCGCUCCCACUCAUGUCAUCUCCAACGUUUCCUCCCCUUUCACAGGAACCCGCUCUGUGUCCACUCACACGCCUACCCGCACCCACUCUCGUGCCUCCUCAGGCACCACUAGCGAUGGCGAGCUCGAGGGUAACACUACUAUAAUUUUUGCCCCACCUUCCCCAUCGUCCUUCGCACACCCCAGUCCGCCAUUCGGUCCCAUCUUCCCUGAUACCCCCCGCACGAGCGCCG